UUUUAAUUUCCUAAGCGACCCUACAUUAUUUACUUCCGUGUUUUGGUUCUUGACAAACAAAACAAUGAUUGUCCGUGCAUUAUUUUGCAUCGUUGCAUCUGCAGCAACUGUAUACACGUUGUUUACUAUUCUGCAGUUUGCAAAGUUUCUUUCUUUCUUGAAUUUUCCCCAAAAUGACUCGGAUGCGUCAACCUUUACAAUGUUUACCAUUGAUGUUUGUCUGGUUGUAUUAUUUAUGGCCCAGCACAGUGGUCUUGCCUCUCCUACGUAUGGCAACAAGAUGGAUGAUUGGGGUUUAUCUCCCAUUUCAAGGACUGUGUAUGUGCUCACCUCAGCCUUGAUGCUUCAGUUGCUGAUGUAUCUAUGGCAACCUAUUCCUGAGGUGCAUUUCUGGGUGAUUGAUAUUUCGGAGAGUCCAUUUCUUGCCCUGUUCUUUACAGUCCUCCAUUUUGUUUUGUGGAUAGUUUUCUUCCUGCAAGUACUGGUGUAUGAACCUUUACAUUUGAUAGGACUUAGACAGGUUUAUGACUAUAUAAAGAACUCACAGACUGCACAGACUUACCUCAGCCCACGUCUAAGACUUCUUCUAGCACAGAUGCCACACUCUGGGGCCGGUUGUUUUAUUGCGAUUCUAUGGUUACAGCCGUACAUGACGUUUGACAGGAUGAUUCUAGCUACAGUGUUUACAGCUUAUCUUUGCUGCUCAUUAUCACUUACACAAAAAGACUAUGAGUAUGUAAAGAAAUGUGCUUGGUCUACAAAAACUGUUCAUACUGUCUCAUACAGGGCCAAGAGAGUAAAUUAAUCAAUGAUUAAGAAAUAUUUAAUGCUUCAGCUUCAUGGCAGCAUAAGUUUGGUAGAUUAGGUGUCAUAUAAUAUGCCAAUUUAGGUUAGAUGUCAUAUAAUAUGCCAAUUUAGAUUAGGUGUCAUAUAAUAUGCCAAUUUAGAUUAGGUGUCAUAUAAUGGACCUUUCCGGCUUUUCGUAGCAGAACAUUUAGCCACACCUUUUCCAUUCAUUGCUAGGCCAACUGCUCACAAACAGUAUCACAAACAUAAGCAUGUGUUCUUUUGUACAAACCAGGUCAACCAGUGACUCUGUAUUAUCUCAGUGUAGCAAUUGGAUAACAAAGUUAGCCAAUUUACAUAAAACUCAUAAUAAACACUGGAAAGGUCCAUAUGUCAAUUUGGCUAAGUUUGUGUUCAUUUUUUAUAUGUAUCUUACAUGUGUUUUGGUGCUUUUUAUUUAGUUAUUAAUUAUAUUGCAAAUAUUGCAAAUAUCUUGCAAAUAUCUUGCAAAUACAAAUCAAAUGUGUUCACCUGUUGGAGUGAUAAUUAAUGAACAGAAACUGAUAAUUUCUUAUAUUUUUCAAAUCUAAAGGUGCAUAACUCUACCAAAAUCAUCAAAGGAUGACCAAAGUAGAACUUGACCUGGGCAAUCCU